UUACAUUUUAGAGCUGCUCCAAAACACUGGACUUGUCCUCAUGCAAGGCAAAAUAUUAUUACGUUAUUUUGUUGCAAAUAAUAAUAUAAUACUCAACAUCAGAGAGCCCAUUGUUUACCUUUAUCGACAAGCGACUACUCAGGCCUAGUUAUCAUCCCGCUCUACUCCAUCUUAACUCGACAAGCAUGCCUGUCAUAUAGCGCACUUGAAUGUAUUGUAUACGUCAACUGGCAGCCAACCGUAAUGGGACAAAAUAGGAUGAAUGUAAUUUUUCUUAAAUUUGGGGAACCGUGAUAUUAAGUAAGGCGAAAGGUAAAAACCGCCUCGUUUAAUUUAGCGAUUUUUGUUUGAAUGGGAGCGUUAUUUGCAGACUGCUCGGGCUAACCGGAUACCUCCGCCGUAUGUCUGCUUGCAGCGCACUGUGAUGGUCAUGGUCUUAAUGAUGGAAUCGCAAUGCGAGUACUUUAUGUAUUUCCCGGCAGUCCCCAUUUCAGACCUGUCGGACCCGGCCAAAUACCGCACGCUCCCGCGUCGCAGUCACCUUUAUCUCGGGGAAACCGUGCGCUUUCUGCUGGUUUUGCGCUCUCAGAGCGUCGCGUCGGUGUCCGGGUCGAGCGGCACUGCGGCGGCUGACGGCAGCGGCUCGGAGCAUCACAGCAGUCGCUCGUGGAGGGAGCUAGCCGGCUCUCUCUGCGCCGUGGCCAGCGUUAGCCCCGGCGAUAGCCGCCAGCGGACGCAGCCGCUGUAUCACGACUACCACAGCAGCGGGGACGAGUGUGUGGAGGACACGGACGAUGAUGAUGCUGCGGAGGUGGGCUGCGCAGGUCGAGGGGGCCCGAGGUACCGGGGCUUCAGGGAAUGCAAGCCGCUCCUCAUUCACAACAACCCCGGCAAUGGCGUAAGGGAAUUCCGCAAGGCUCCCGUGCAGUCUCCUGUGGAUGAGCCUGUUGUUUUAAGCGAUGAGGUCAUCUUCCCCCUGACAGUGUCCCUGGAUAAGCUUCCUGUCAAUACUCUUAAAGUGAAGAUAAUUGUAACCGUGUGGAAGCAAGAAGAGGAGAAAGCUGAGAUCCAAGAGCAUGGCUACCUCAGCAUUCUUCAACAAAAGAGCCCCUGCCAAACAUUUCGCCAGGAUCUGAACACGUUCAAAGCGCAGGUCAGCACCACGCUCAAUGUCCUGCCCCCUCCGACUGUAAAGUGUCAGCAAAUGACAGUCUCAGGGAGACACUUAACUGUCCUCAAAGUGUUAAAUGGAAGUUCUCAAGAAGAGGUGUGCGUGCGUGACGUCAAAAUACUUCCCAACUUCAAUGCUUCAUACUUACCAAUGAUGCCAGAUGGCUCAGUGCUGCUGGUGGACAAUGUUUGUCAUCAGUCAGGAGAAGUUGCCAUGGCGUCAUUUUACAGAAUGGACAGUGAGUCGAGUCACCUUCCCAGCAUGCUCAGUGCUCUAGAGGAGCAGAACUUUCUCUUCCAGCUGCAGCUCAAUAACCAGCUACAAGAUGAUUCAAAUGAGGGACUAGAGGUACCAUUAGUUGCAGUCUUACAGUGGUCCACUUCUAAAUUGCCCUUCACCAACUCUAUCUACACUCACUAUAGUCUCCCUAGUGUGAGACUGGACCGUCCGCGCUUCAUUAUGACCGCCAGCUGCCCCAGUGCGGUCAAGGCUCGCGAGCAUUUCCGGGUGCGAUAUACCCUUCUCAAUAACUUGCAGGACUUCUUGGCGGUCCGACUAGUUUGGACUCCAGAAGGCCGAGGACAUAAAGAGGAUCCUGCAGUGAAUGCAGUGGUGUGUCAUUCUCCUCUCAGCAACCUGGGUUAUUGUCGAAAAGGAAGUACUCUUUCCGUCAGCGUGGCUUUCCAGAUACUCCGAGCAGGUCUUUUUGAGUUGAGUCAGCACAUGAAACUGAAGCUGCAGUUCACAGCGUCCGUGUCCAACCCUCCCCCUGAUGCUCGACCUUUGUCCCGCAAGAACAGUCCGUCGAGUCCAGCAGUCAGAGAUAUUCUGGACCGACAUCAGGCCAGUCUCAGUCUGGGCCGCUCUCAGUCCUUUUCUCACCAGCAACCAUCAAAGUUUCACCUCACAAGGACAGGAAGUGUUAUGGAGCGCAGGGCCAUCACCCCCCCUGUGGGCUCUCCUGUUGGACGGCCACUGUACCUCCCUCCAGACAGGAACAUUUUGUCACUUGACAAAAUUGCCAAGCGUGAGUGCAAGGUGCUGGUACUGGAUUCACACACCUGAACACACUCACACACAAACACACUCACACUCACAUACAGGGAAAGUAAGUAGGGAUAUUUUUAAUUUUGGCAAUGUGUCAUAAAGUAGUGUUAAUCAAAAAAAAGUUGUUUAAUGUCUGUCGGUUUUAGUUGUUUAUAUUUAUUUUGUUUUCAUUUUACCAGCAUCAAUUGUUUACAUGCUGUACAGUACGAUUAUUUUAAAUAAUUACAAUGCAAUUUACAUGCAGCUACUGUUUUUGACAUUUUCAUGACAGAAAGAAUGAAAAGAAAGCAUAAAUACAAACAGGGUUUUUAUUGUUUAUCCGUAACACAUUUCACUGGAGUUAUGUUCUAUGACUUGUGUUGCAUACAAGUUAAAAUAUUAUAUUGGUGGCUGUUUAAAGGGAAAAUGGAUGGUUAUGAUUAGUCAUACCCAGACCGAACCAUUUGUGUUUGUUUAUUUAAUAGUUUGGCAUAUUAGUUCAUGUUUUCAUCUACAAAUAAUCUAGCUCCCUAUUGAAUACUCUAAAUCUCUUCUGUACAAUUGGCUUUUUAAUCAUUGCAGAAAAUGAAGAAUUCAGCAGAUUCUAUCUGGGCCUAGUCAUAUCCGUUGUAAAAACACGCCACAUACAAAUGAAUGUGUUUCUUUGUUUGCUACUUACUAUUGGAUAGAUUUUUUUUUUCUCUUUACAUUUCAUUUGUCAAUACUGCCAACAUUUCUUUUCCAAUGUUGAAUUCCUCUUUGCGUUCCUUUUGUAAAAGUGCUUGUUUUCCUUAAUUACUUGAAAGAUGGUGCCUGUGAGCAAUCAGACGGUUUCUUUUAUUUUCCGUCCUGUAAACUGGAAUGUUUUUGGUCUGGCUUUUAUUGUACUCUUCAGUUUAAGUACAGUGCUGCCCUCCUCAUCGCUGAUAUUCCUUCCUCGGUAGCGUGUUGUCAUACAUAGUAUUUGUUUUAUUCAUCAAAUAAUUUGUCUGCUGUAAUGUUAACACUCCAGUUCAUCAGGCUACAGGUUUCCUAUGUAAUCACACAAAUCAAGUCACUUCUGGUGGAGUUGGAGCUUGUGUUAUUGGCAGAUGCCAUUUUUAUUCCUGCUCCUCCUUUCAUGGCUUUAGAAAUAUUCUUUCACAUUCCUGCAGCGUUGCGUGUUUUCAAAAACAAGGGAUCAUUUUUCUUUUGCUCCAUUAUGAUCUCGCCCUUCUCCCGCUAGAUGUCCGGGAACAAACUCCCAGUAAGCAUCAGGGCAGAUGCUGGUCAUACAGUAGUAUUGAUUUCUAUGCAUUUACACCGAACACCGGACUUCAGCAGGGAGCUUGAUAUGGUAAUCAAUAAUCAACUGGUGUAAAGCGUCACCCCAUUGUGCCAUUUAAUGGGGUUACGAUUGAUUUCUUUUAUCAAUGUUUACAUUUCUGUGCACAUCAUGUGAAGACUACUGACUAAUCCUUGACUGAAAACCCUUUUCCUUUUUGUUGUGGAAUGUCGCACAUGGUUUUAUAUUGUGUCCGAAUAUAGGAUCUUGAAUGUUUAAUUUUUUCAAACUGAAUUGUUUAGACAGACUACAUAUUCUGCGCAAAUGUAACAAUGAUCCAAAACCGUAUUGUGGAUGUAGGUAAUACAUUUUAAUAUAAACACUGUGAUGUAUUUUAAUUUUCCUAUUUUCAAUCCAUUUCACUUGCAAUUUCCAUAUUUGCAUCUUGGCCAGUUUUCUUGUUUUGGACUAUGUUCUUAUUUUUAUUUGAUUUGGAUUUGGACUAUUAUGUUUAUUGUUUUAUAAGCACUUUAUUUCAUUUUUUGUAACUUAUUUUUUUGAAAAUGAAGAAAUGCUCAAAGGACCGGUGGCUGGAUAGGAUGUUUUCCCGAACAGCAUUGUUCAAUAACUCUUCAAAAACAUUUUGAUUCUUAGUUGUUGUUGUUUUUUUGUUUUUUUUUAGCCUCUUGACAAGGCACAUCACAGAAAAAUUGUUGACUGACAACUCUACACACUGGAUUUACUAUUUAUUCACAAGUCUGUAUAAAUAGCUUGAGGUUAGAAAUCAUACAAAAGGUAUCAGAGCAAGUACAUGUUGAGUAUUGCGCUUGUAUUGUUUGUUCUGACUUUUUGUUUUGGGUUUUUGAAUCGCCAAGACCUGCCAAGAAGCUCUUCAGGUGGAACGCCUUUGUGGAACUCAAUCAUUUAGAUAGCUGUUCAAACAAGACAAUUUUGACUAUACUCUUCUAUGAACUUCUGCUUUGCACUUUUUUUUGUUUGUUUAUAUAUGCCUUUUAAUUGCUGUUUGAAGUGUUAACAAAAGUGUUCAGAGGAAAUGUUGUCGGUUAUUGCACUUGAACAAGUUAAAUAAAAGCAGCUAAGGCAUAAA